AUGGCAAACCUAGAGGUCGAAAUGAGUAGCGAUGCUGCACGGGCAUUGAGAGGUGAGUACCAAGUGUUCCUGAGUUUCAGAGGACCCGACACCCGUUAUUUUUUCACCGACUUUCUCUACCACGGCUUGGUAGAUGCUGGGAUCCGCGUAUUCAGGGAUGAAGAUGAACUCCGCGUCGGCGAAGUGAUUGGUGGGAACCUUCUACGUGCUAUCAACAACUCCUUACUCUACAUACCCAUCUUCUCUCGGACUUAUGCUUCCAGUAAAUGGUGCCUCCGUGAACUUGCGCACAUAGUAGACAACGUGCUUAACUCAAAGGGUAAAAAAGGUAUCCUUCCCAUUUUUCUCGACGUGGAACCUGAGGAUGUUAAACUUAAAACUCCAUUAUAUAGUGUUGCUUUGCUGGAACAUGCAAACAAGUUUCCAGAUGAAGUCAAGGACUGGAGAAAGGCUCUUGAGGAGGUAGAUGAAAUAAAGGGUUGGAACGUCAAGAAGGACCAAAGUCAAGCAGUGAUCAUUAAAUUGGUUGUUGAAAAGGUUUUGGAGAAGCUGCAGAUAAAACAAAAAUCAGUGACUGAACAUUUACUUGGACUUGAUGAUCGGGUAAAAGACUUGACGGAAUUAUUAGAUGUCAACCAUCGUGAUGUGCGGCUCAUCGGAAUUUACGGAAUGGGUGGUAUCGGUAAAACAACUAUUGCCAAGGUCAUCUUCAAUCAAUUGUCUUCCCAAUUUGGAAAGUGUUGCAGCUUCCUUGAAGACAUUCGAGAAAGCUCGUCGUCUAAGGAGGGCAUAGUCCAGUUGCAGAAGAAAUUACUAACUGACGUUGUUGGCUCUUUAUAUGAAAAUGGAGUCAAGGAUAGUGAACAAGGAAUGAGGAGGAUUGGAGAAAUACUUAACACUAAGAAGGUCCUUCUUGUUCUGGAUGAUGUUGAUAAUAAAGAGCACAUUAAAAAACUAACGGGAAAAUUUUCACUACAUUUGGGAUCUAGGCUAAUUAUUACAACGAGAAACACCUCUAUUUUGCAAGUUGAGGGAUUCAAAGGCGAAAUUCUACCGUAUGAGAUGUUAAGGAUGGACUAUGGUGUUGCACUUCAGCUUUUUUGUCGGCUUGCCUUUGGUAGAGACCUUCCUUUGGAUGAUUAUCAUGGGCUUUCAAAUGAAAUUGUCUCAAGAAUGGGAGGGCUUCCUUUGGCUAUCGAAGUGAUAGGUUCGUUAUUGAAUCAAAAAAGCAAAGCAUUCUGGGAAGAGACCUUGGUCAGGUUAAUGAAUAUACCUGAGGAAGAGAUUCUAAAGAAGUUGAGAAUUAGCUAUGAUGGCCUAGACGAAUAUCAAAAACAAAUUUUUCUCGAUAUAGCAUGCUUCAUUUUCAAUGAGAAGAAGACUGAUGCAAUUUACAUGUGGGCAAGUUGUCAUUUUUAUCCCGAAAGAGGAAUUGAUGUCCUUACUAGUAGGUGCUUGAUAAAGACAUUGGACACUGAUAAGUUCUGGAUGCAUGAUCAGUUAAUAGAUCUAGGAAGGCAUAUUGUCCAUCAAGAAAGUCCCAGUGACCUUGGAAGGCAAAGUAGGUUGUGGAUUGCAAAAGAGGCCCUCGAAAUCAUAAGAACUCAAGAGAGGAAGGACAAAGUUCAAGCGCUUGAGUUAGAUGGUUCGGAUGGCUCCAUUGAGAUUACAAAUGAAGAGUUUGAAAGGGUAGACAAUAUGCAUUUGGAUCAUCUGGUUGUUUUUAAACUUGGCAAGAAUGUCUUCUUGGAUGAUUCAAAAGCAUGGGAUUUGAUCAAGGGGGCACGAAAUUUGAAAGUUUUAUCUCUAACCGAAUGUAGUUACCUAACAACAAUUCCAGACUUUUCUAAAUGCUUGGAUUUGGAGAGGUUGACUCUUGCACGCUGCUACUGGCUAAAGAGAAUCGAAAGGGAUGUCUUUACUUGA